CACAGCACUGAGAAGUGCUUAUGCAAGGCAGGAUGACAAAAGAUCCUGGGCUGGAGGCCUGGGAGUCCUUCUCAGGUGUCAGAUGAGGAAAGCUCUGCUUGUUUUUCUCUGUCAGGGCAAGGAACAGAAAAAAGAGCUUUGGGGCUGGACAUUUGGAGGACUCAGCCAUCCCAAGGGAUAUUGUGACGCGUGGAGGGACCAAACUGCUGCUGCUGCUGGUGCCAGGAAGCUCCGAAUCCCAGGCUGCUGAGUGCAUCCUCCCACCAGUGACUGAGCUGCGACUCUGCAGGCGACUCCCAGGCAUGCGGAUCCUGCCCGUCCUCUGUGCUCUGCUCCUCCUGGUGCUCCAGGGAGUGACAGGGCUGUCCCCAUUUGGACCAUCAGUCCAGGCGUGCGAGCGCCGUGGGGGAUUCUGCUCCUACCGCUCCUGCCCGCAGGGGAUCGGCCGCAUCGGCCUCUGCUCCGACCGGGAAUUCUGCUGUCGGAUGUGA